GUUUUGAAUCCCGUAGCUGAGAGUUGUGAGUGGUGUCCGUGCUCUAUGGUUGGAUUUGAGAGUUGGGAGACAAAAACUAUCUAGUUUACCUCCACAGCAGUGAACCGGGGUGAAGCUCUCUCCUCUCCCGCCCGCUGAGCAGAUGUCCGGUUUCGACCUCGUCCCGGUGGACGGCGGGGAUCCCGUCCACCUGCCGCCCGGGGAGACGGUGCUGGGCAGGGGGGCGUUACUGGGAAUCACUGAUAAGAGAGUGUCCAGACUUCACGGGCUGCUGGAGAACCUGGACGGACAGCUGCGUCUCAAACCGACCCACGUGAACCCGUGCUUUGUUCAGUCGUCCCUGACCGACGAGCCUCAGCCUCUGCAGAGAGAUACCUGGUACCCUCUUCAUCAUGGAGACUUGUUCUCUCUGCUGCCGGGCCGCUUCAUCUACAAAGUGGUGGCCGUGGGUGAAGAGGACCGCACUCCCAGAAACAGUCAGAUGUUUGAAGAAGAAAAAGAAGAACUCCCAGUUUCUCCAAAGCCAGAUGUAGAACAACCUCUUCCUCCUCCUUCUCCUCCUCCUUCUCCUCCUCCUGUCGGACAGACUCCACCUCAUGAGGAGCCGACACCAGCAGCUCCGUCGGACCAGGAGGAGGCCGACGACACAAGUUCAAACAAGGGAGACUCUGCACAACCAAAAGAAGAAGACGCCGACGACCAGAGAGACGUCACUCCACCUGUAACCAAGAAAAGAGUUUUACCUGCGUGGAUGAUGGCAGCUGCAGCAGCUGCACAGAGUCCGUCCUCCUCCCCCAGUCUCAAAGUUCAGACAGCUGCGAAGAGAAGUAGAGGAGCUGCAGCGUCGACCAGCACUAAAGGAGCGGCAGCCAAAAAGGCCACAACCACCAAGACCUCCUCAUCUGAGGGGGCGGAGGUCAGUGAGGAGGAGAUGCCGAAGAAGAGGAGAAGAAAGAUCAGUGAUGAUGAAGAAGAAGAAGAAGCAGCUCAGUCUAAAACAGACGUUCCUUCACAGCGGCCCUCCGUCCAGCGGCAGAGGGAAUCCAAGAGGCCUGAGGUGAGCGACGAGUCUGACGGCUUCACCGUGGACCAGGAGGGAGCAGGAGGAGAGACAUCUACAGCUGACCUUAACACCACGAAAAAUGGAGGACAGCAGACUAAACAAGCACAGUCCGUCAGCAGCUCUGCGUCUAAACCUCAACUCAGAACGCCGUGUCCAUACGGGAAGGACUGCUACAGGAAGAACCCGCUCCAUUUCCAGGAGUGCAGUCACCCCGGUGACACUGACUAUGAGGAGGAGGAGGAGCAGGAGGAGACUGAGGAGGCAGACCGACCUGAGUGCCCCUACGGCACCGACUGCUACAGGAAAAACCCUCUUCACAGGAAAGAAUACAAACACACAAAGAAACCAGCUCGCACUACACGAACCGCCCCCAAAAAGACGCCUGCUGAUGAUGAAGACGAAGACGAGGACUUUGGGGACGACGACAGCUUCAUUAAUGAUGACAGCGAGGAUUUGGGCGAUGACUCAGACUACGUCCCUCCUGGCUCAGACGACAGCGGUAAGGAGGACAUCAAAGGACUACAGAAGGAAGCGAAGGCCUUUGUGAAGAGGAGGAAGUAGAUACAGACCUCCUUUCUCUUCUUCUUUUUGUUGUCUGUUUUAAAGCUGCACCAAACAGAGACAAACUAGUUUUAAUUAGCCUACAUCAGCUGCAGCAGCUGAGGCCUUGGCACAUUCCUGUGCAGGUGGAAAGAGUCCAAACACACGGAGGAUGUUGUUUGAAUCAGAUUUCAUUGAACCCUGCCGGGCUGCUUAUCAAACUACAAUCAUGUUUUCAUACUAAGUGUCCAGUGGACAGUCUUCACAGGUCCAAACUGACCGGAAGCUGUCCAUGAAACCAAAUCUUCCUCCUAAAAUCUUUCAGGUGUCAGCACCCUGUAUUAUCCUGCAUUCUGUGCUGAACAUCAGCACUUAAAGGGAUAGGUUGUAUUUUAAAGUGGAGUUGUAUGAGGUACUUAUCCAUGGCCAGUUUAUUCCCAGUUUGGACAGGUGGCAGGAUCGCCUCCACAGAAGCGAAGCAAUGUACUGCUGUGGACGGGGGCAGCAGCAAAACAUAUUUUAGCCACCAAAAAAAAAAAAUCGAUAUCAUUUUAAAUGUGUGCUAUAGUGAGAAUGUUUUCACAACUUGAGCUUGGUGUCAGACAGCCUUCGACAAACCAGUCAUUUUACCUUGCAGAACACAAGAGCUGUUGCCUCAGAUGGUAAGUUUGUUUGUGUGAUUGUGUGAAUUUAAUGUUUAAAAGUGUUAGUUUGGCUUCACCAAAAUCACACAAAAAUAAGAACGAUUCGAUCGAGGAGGUGGUGGACGAGCAGCUCCCGUGUUCAGUGGGUUAAAAUUACUGGUUUUGUCAGUGGAGCUUUGAAGGGAGCAGUUAGACGCUGAGUUCCCCAUCAGAAAGGUGAAGAGGUGAAAAUAUUCCAGUAUAUUGUAAUGUAGGUCCAGCAGACUUCACUACAAGCGGAUUGACUGUAGAAACAGGUGACAUCCUUUACAUGCUAAAACCAGCCAUCGGCAAUUUGACCAGCUGAGCUGCAGGUGACACCGUCAGACUCAAGCUGGUGAAUGUGAGUGUGAAUGGUUGUCUGUCUCUAUGUGUCAGCCCUGUGAUAGUCUGGUGACCUGUCCAGGGUGAACCCUGCCUCUCACCCAGUGUCAGCUGGGAUAGGCUCCAGCCCCCCGCGGCCCCUAACAGGAUAAGCAGUUAUGGAAAAUAAAUGAAUGAAUCUCCACACUCCAUCAGUACGAGCCGUUGAUGUAAAAACUACUGAACUGUCGUUGAGCUGCCCUCAGGUGUGUUCGUAUUUUCAACAGAACUUUUGGAGCAUUGAAAGCCGUAAAUGGGAGCUUCUCAAGAGACUCUAGCUCCCAACCUUUUCAGCACCGUGGCCCUUUUUUAAAUCAACAGAUCUGUGUCGCCUCUCGUCCGUCUGCUUACGUCACAUUCAAAGAAUUCUGAGUUCAUUUUCUUUGUGCUUGCAGCUGACAACGUGUAAAAGCUGUCAGGUGUCUUCGCAGGUGUCGUCAUGGCAACGUUAAACACUAUAGCGGACCGCAGUAACUUAGGCUGAUUAGGGAAAAUGUGUUUUUGUAUGAGAGGCAUGCCUCAGUCAGCUUGAAAUGCAAAUUCAGAUUAAGAGAUGUUCCCACGACAUCAGCUGCAGCGGCUGUUUGCAGAAAGCACACAAAGGAGUUGACAAACCUGAGAACACAGACAGUGUCUCUGAACAGAACAUUUUCAGUCGUAUUUUAUAAGAUUCUUUUCAUUCAGAUUUUGUUUCAGAUGAAGCUCCACCUGUGUCUGUUCAGGAUCGAUUCUGCUCAUGUAAAUAUGUGUAACUGAGGAGUUCAGGAGCAGAUUUGUUAUAAUUGUUCCUCUGAUUUGUUCUGACUGUUUUUCUUAUGUUGUUUAAAUACAUCCAAUGGAAACAAA